AUGAAGGCCUCACCGUCAAGGACGGUCUUUUCGUCCCUCCUCCUGUCAUCCCUCCCACUCUCGCUUGCCCAACUCGCCAUUCCCGAGGAACUUCCGGGAGCCUGGAGUUACGAAGGAUGUUAUACCGAUGUGCCCGGCCGGACUAUCAAUAGCGCCUCCUAUGCCGAUGGCGAGGACAUGACGACCGAGUCCUGUCUCGCGUUUUGCUCUUCCAAGGGUUUCCCGUAUGCCGGGACAGAGUACUCGGUAGAAUGCUUCUGCGGCAGCAGCCUUGCGGCCGGCGCGGCCAAGGUUGCUGAUUCGACCUGCAACAUGGCUUGCUCAGGAGAUGCUGCUCAGCCUUGCGGAGCUGGGGGCCACCUCUCGCUCUUCCACACCACCGAAGUAUCCGGACCAGCAGCAAACCCGGGCGUCAACGACUACAACCACAUGGGCUCCAAGUGCACGGCUGCCUGCCGCGCGGCCAACUACAUUCUCGCCGGUGUUGAGUAUGGCGGAGAAUGCUAUUGCGGCAACAGUAUCGCGAACGGCGCUAUUCCGGCCACCAGCGGCUGCAGUAUGGUCUGCAAUGGCGACAGCAGCGAGUUCUGCGGUGGCCCAGACCGUCUCAAUGUGUACAACUACCAGGAUCAGUACAACCCGACCGCGACCUCGACAGCCCCUCCGGCCCCUACUGGCGGCGGAGGCAACCCCGGCCCGGCGGCCGGGCCGUCUCAGCCCGAGACGAUUGCCAACUACGACUGGUACGGAUGCCGGACUGAGGCGACAGGCACGCGCGCCCUGAGUGCUGCCACUUUCGCUUCUGACGACAUGACGCUCGAGGCCUGCCAGGCGUUCUGCUCCGCUUACACCUACUUCGGCGUCGAGUACGGGCGCGAAUGCUACUGCGGCAACAGCUUCAAUGCCGGUUCUGUGGCCGCCUCUGCGAGCGACUGCAGCAUGACUUGCCCGGGCGACGCCGACCACAUUUCCGGCGCUGAGUAUGGGGUGCAGUGCUUCUGCGGCAACGCCAUCUACAACGGCGGCGUCAAGACCGCCGAAUCGGACUGCAGCACGGCUUGCCCAGGCGCGCCGAGCCAGAAGUGCGGUGCUGGUGACCGUCUAAGCAUUGUCUCCAACGGCACCCCCGAAAUCUACGCUCCCCCGGCUCCGCAGCAGACCGUCGGCGACUGGGUCUACCAGGGCUGCGCCGUGGAUAACAUCAACGACAAGCGGACUUUCUACUGGCAGAUAUUUUUCCCUGGUGUCAUGACGCCCAAGAUGUGCCUGGACCGCUGUGCCGAGUUCGGUUACCACGCCGCCGGCCUCGAGUACGGUGAGGAAUGCUACUGCGGUGACCCGGCCAACAUGGCUGCCCGUGGCUCCACCUUCCGCCCGGAGUCCGAGUGUGCCAUCCCCUGCGUCGGCAACGCGUCGGCCAUCUGCGGUGGCCUUGCCCGCCUCACGACCUACUUCUGGACUGGCACUCCGUUUUACACGUGGGACUUCCCUACGGAUUACCGUGCCGGCGAGUAUCGGUUCUUGGUCGACGGCGUCAACAUCCCGCUCAUCACUCAGGAGACCAUCACCGGCAAGGUCUCGUUCAUUUCCAAGGGCGCGACAGGCCCCGGAAACGAGACGGGCGCCUAUGAGUUCGACCCCUCCACGCUGACUUUCCGCACGCUCCACAUCAAGACCGAUGUCUUCUGCGCCGCCGGUGUGACCCUGCCCGACAAGGGCGGUCGCCAGCUCAACAUCGGUGGCUGGGCCGGUGAUGCCACCUACGGCACUCGCCUGUACUGGCCUGAUGGCUCGCCCGGCGUCCCCGGCACCCACGAUUGGCAGGAGAAUGUCAACGUGCUCAAGCUCCAGGCCGGCCGCUGGUAUCCCAGUGCCAUGAUCAUGGCCAACGGCUCCGUCAUGGUCAUCGGCGGCUCUAUCGGCUCCAAUGACGCUGCUACUCCUUCCAUCGAGAUUUUGCCCUACACCGGACAGGCGCCGCUCUACAUGGACUGGCUGGACCGCACCCACCCCAACAACCUGUACCCCUUCCUCUGCGUCCUGCCUGGCGGCGGCAUCUUCGUUCAGUACUGGAACGAGGCGAGAAUCCUCGACCCCGUUACUUUCGCGACUAUCAAGGAGCUGCCCAACGCGCCCGGCGCCCCCAAUGAUCCCAAGGGUGGCCGCACAUAUCCCCUCGAGGGCGCCGCGGUGCUCCUGCCCCAGAAGUACCCCUACACCGACCCUCUCGGUUUCUUAGUCUGUGGCGGCUCGACCGAGGGCCCCGGUAACGCGCUCGACAACUGCGUGUCCAUCUAUCCCGAGGCGGCGAACCCAAAGUGGGAGAUCGAGCGCCUGCCGUCGUUCCGUGUCAUGUCCUGCAUGGCCCCGCUGCCCGACGGCACUUACCUGAUCGCCAACGGCGCGCUCCACGGCGUAGCCGGCUUCGGCCUCGGCGUCGGCCCCAACCUCAACGCGCUCAUCUACAACCCGGAGAAGCCGCUCGGCUCGCGCAUCACGGUCGCGGCCAACACGACGAUCGCGCGCAUGUACCACUCGGAGGCCAUCACGCUCCUCGACGGUCGCGUCCUCAUCUCGGGCUCCAACCCGGAGGACGGCGUCAACCCGGAGGAGUACCGGGUCGAGGUGUUCAUGCCGCCGUACCUCCUCAGCGGCAAGCCGCGGCCGACCUUCACCAUCGCCAACAAAGACUGGGCGUGGGGCCAGACGGGCAUCCCCUUCACGCUGGGGGCGGCGGCGCGCAACGGCGCCAUCACCGCCACCCUCCUGGGCUCCGUGUCCAGCACGCACGGCAACUCGAUGGGCGCGCGCACCCUCAUGCCCCGCGUCUCGUGCACCGGCACCUCGUGCACCGUCGACGCCCCAACCACGGCCAACAUCGCGCCCCCCGGCUGGUACCAGUUCUUUGUGCUGGACGGCGGCGUGCCCGCGGUCGGUGUCUAUGUGCGCAUCGGCGGCGACCCGGCCCAGAUCGGUAACUGGCCGCAGGGCCCUGACUUUACUACCCCGGGUGUUUAA